GAUCGCGACCAGUGCGCACUUUCAUCACCUUAUUCUGUUCACACAGGACGGACGGACGGACGAGUCGCUGGCGUACGUUUGACGCGAGAGAAAUUCUUCGCACUCUGACGUCAGAGGUGGUUGCCGUUUGUCCAGCUCUCACUUUCAACUUCACAGUCCCCAGACUACGUGUUAGACACUAAAUCCGGAUAUCCGUCGAGAAAAAAACAACAGCAACUGAACGUUACCGUGUAAAAAAAGUUCAGUGUCAUGGCGUGCCCAUUCAUGUCCAAACUGCCCACUGCUUAUGUCAAAAACUAUGUUUCGGGCCUGCUUAAAACAUAUGGUCAUUCAUGUCCAGUUAUGUCUAGAUUCAUAAAUGUCGGAUCCCCUGCAGGUGUUAUAAAUAAUAAGACUAAUAACAAAAAAAAGUGCCCGUUUCUAGAAGAUGAAAGUACUGCAAAAGCAGUCAAAGAAAUCAGCAAAGAAAUUCAAGAGGAUAUAAUUGAACCCAAACCUAAAACAGAUACUACCUACAACUAUGAAAAAUUUUUCCAUGAACAAAUUAUGCGUAAGAAGGUAGACCAUUCUUAUAGGAUUUUCAGAAAAGUGAAUAGAUUGGCAAUGGAUUUUCCGUAUGCAGUUGAAUACACAGGAAAUGAAAAACCAGUUACAGUAUGGUGUUCAAAUGAUUAUCUUGGUAUGUCUUGUCAUCCAGAAGUGAAGGGUGCAGUUCAACGAACUUUAGACAAAUAUGGGUCAGGUGCUGGAGGAACACGUAACAUAUCGGGUAAUUCAAUGUUUCAUGAGAAUUUAGAGAAAGAUUUAGCUGUACUCCAUGAAAAAGAAGCUGCCUUAUUGUUUACGUCAUGUUAUGUUGCAAAUGACUCUACAUUAUUUACAUUGGGAAAGAUGAUACCAGGCAUACACAUAUUUUCGGAUUCUGGUAAUCACGCAUCAAUGAUACAGGGUAUUCGUAACUGUGGAGCUCCCAAGCAUAUAUUUCGUCACAAUGAUCCGCAACAUUUAGAAGAACUUUUAAUGUCCGUUGAUAAGGCUGUACCUAAGAUAGUUGCAUUUGAAACGGUUCACUCUAUGACUGGUGCAAUAUGUCCACUAAAAGAACUUUGUGAAAUAUCUCAUAAGUAUGGAGCUUUGACUUUUGUAGACGAAGUUCAUGCUGUAGGUUUGUAUGGCAAUCAUGGUGCCGGUGUUGGUGAACUGCGCAGUCUAAUGAAUGAAAUGGACAUUAUAUCUGGCACAUUGGGUAAAGCUUAUGGUAAUGUAGGAGGAUAUAUUGCUGCUUCAAGCAAUUUGGUUGAUAUGAUCCGUAGUUAUGCUGCUGGUUUUAUUUUUACCACAUCAUUACCGCCCAUGGUUUUAGCUGGUGCUCGAGCAGCUGUUAAUGUAUUAGCAUCAGCAGAAGGAAGAUCACUCAGACAAAAACAUCAAGAAAAUGUUGAGUACCUCCGCCAAAAAUUAUAUGCUGCUGGGUUACCCGUUGAGUCAACGCCAUCUCAUAUAAUACCCAUUAAGAUUGGAAAUCCAAAUUUAUGUUCAAAAAUAUCUGAUAUACUGCUCCAAGAAAAAGGACAUUAUGUACAAGCUAUUAAUUAUCCAACUGUACCAAUUGGCCAAGAAAAAUUAAGAUUGGCGCCUACACCACACCACACUCCAGAAAUGAUUGAUGGACUUGUUGAGGACAUGCUUGAUGUUUGGGUAACACUCGGCAUUCCUAUUAAAGCGACUCAUUGUAGCAUGUGCAAGAAAAAGCCUCUAUGUGCCCGGAUCAGUAAUCAUAUACAAAACAACUGUAGAAUUACUAUUGAAUCAUGUCUGGCUCCCAAUUGUUAUCAAUUAGUUAAUGCCUCAGCUUAAAAUCAGUAUUUUUGGUCAUAUGUCACAUCUUAAAUAACUAAAUUUUAAACUAUUA